AUGAAGCCGUGGCUCCUGGCCUGCCUGGUCACCUGCUUUGUGGGGGCCAUGCUUCCUGCCGUCUACACCCAAGGUGGCUUUGAAGACUGCUGCCUGGCUUACAACACCAACAUCGGGUUCUCCUGGCUCCGGCGGCGCGCCAGGAGUUACCGGAUCCAGGAGGUGAGCGGGAGCUGCAAUCUGCGCGCAGUCAUUUUCGUCUUACCCCGGAGAGUGGUGUGUGGGGACCCGAAAGAUAAUGGGGUGAAGGAUGCCAUGAGACUCCUGGAGGUCCGGAAGAAACUCUCAAAGCACCAUGGUGGCCCCUGGAGUGCCCUCCUUGACUCUCACCAUAAGGUGAAGAAUGUGAAGUCUGGACCCUCCCAGCUCCCAGCCUCCAAGUAUGGCGACUUCUCCAGAAAGAGCAAGUGGAACAUGACUGCCAGCAGCUGA